AAUUAGCCUAACAGUAGUCAAAUAAUCCAAGGUUUCUAGUAACAAUAAAUUUAAAAAACACUAGUUAAAAUUGUUGAUUAAUUUUAAUGAGCCUAAUCCCCAAUGUUAAAGCAAAGAGCAAAAUCAUUUUAGAGGAACUAAACAAGUGAAUUUAUAAUUAAUUCAAACUGCGAUGCUUACAAAAUAAAACUGAAAGACUUCCUUCAAGUAGGAAGGAACAAGUUUCUUAGAAUAAAUUUAAAUCAAAUGACUAAGAUUUAAUUGCGUUCGAGAGCUUGGGAAAUGCGUGAGUUCAAAAACAUUUUGUUGUGAAUCGAUAGAAUUAGAGCAGAAACUUUCUCUUAGAAAUUAAGCUCAGCGAAAAACUUUUUAGUGCAUAUUUUUAUCUGUUUAAGAAUGGCAACGUUUCCGGUUUUGAUUCUACUGUGUUUUGCGUUUGCGGCAGGUUCCAAUCCAGAGAAAGCGUCAGAAGCACUCUUCGAUAUUACUAAGGAAGUUCUGGGUCUUCUUCCCCCUCUGAAGAAUCUUCGAUUGCCUGUAGAAAGAAAAGACAGUUCUAAUGCAACGGAAACGUCAUCUAUUCUCAAAAGGCUAACAGACAUGUUUUCUAACAGAGGUAAUGAGAAUCGUUACAAUAUUUUGAGAUCUGAUGCUCCUAAUGGCUCGAGUUUUAUGGAAAGGUUGGCUUCAACUUUGGAGCCUGUAACUAACCCUUUAAAAAACAUAACGACCAGAGCUCUACAAGGAAUUUCAAAGCUACCACUAUUCUCAGGAAGACGAGAAACAUCGAAAACAUCUGAAAAUUAAAUCAUCUGCCUUCAUUAUAAAAUCUACAUAUGCGGGAACAUACAUAGCGAAGUCUGAAUGUUGCUUUCAUAUCGAGCAUUAAACUGUGUUUUAAAUUCAUACUCAUUUGCAUUUUUGAAAAACUUUUAAAAUGUAAUACACCUUUUAAUAUUUUAAGUGAAAUAUCUCAUGUAGUAAAUAUGUCACAAUAUACACU